CUUCAUUCUCUCGCCGAACGUCGAAUCGAGCAGCUGUUCCGUGGAGAACCGGCUGAUUAUUUCCGACCAAACACAAAGCCAAACAGAACGAAGUUGGAAAAAUGAUUGCGCAAAGUGUAAUCAGCAAACUGCGGCCCUGUGCCACCCGACUGGCCAGCUCUAGCACCAAAGCCGCAGCCCCCAAGUUCAACUGGCAGGAUCCCCUGAACCUGGAGAGCCAGCUGACCGAGGAGGAGGUGGCUAUUCGGGACGCGUUCCGCGGUUACUGCCAGGCGGAGCUUCUGCCGCGCGUGAAGGUGGCCAACCGCCUGGAAACGUUCGACAAGAAGAUCAUGGAGGAGAUCGGCAGCUUGGGAGUCCUGGGCUGCACCAUCAAGGGAUACGGCUGCGCCGGGGUCUCCAGUGUCGCCUACGGUCUGCUGACCCGCGAGGUGGAGCGCGUGGACUCCGCCUACCGGUCCGCCGUGAGUGUCCAGAGUUCUCUGGCCAUGGGCGCGAUCUACGACUUUGGCUCCGAGGAGCAGAAGCAACGCUAUCUGCCCAGCAUGGCUGAGGGCAAGCUGAUAGGUGCCUUUGGACUAACUGAACCCAACCACGGCAGCGAUCCGGCUGGAAUGGAGACCCGUGCCAAGUACGAUAGCAAGAGCAAGACAUACAUUCUUAACGGCUCCAAGACCUGGAUUACAAGUGCGCCCAUAGCCGAUGUGAUAGUCGUUUGGGCCAAAUGCGAAGACGGCAAGGUGCGCGGCUUCCUGGUGGACCGAAAGAUAUCCGGCCAGGGAUUGGACACGCCCAAGAUCGAGGGCAAGUUCUCGCUGCGCGCUUCGCCGACGGGCAUGAUCCUGUUGGACGAGGUCCGAGUGCCGGAGGAGCAGUUGCUGCCCAAUGCGUUGGGAUUCAGCGGACCUUUCACCUGCCUAAACAAUGCCCGCUACGGAAUCGCUUGGGGCGCCCUGGGAGCAGCGGAGGCUUGUGUGGAGAUCGCCCGUCAGUAUACUUUGGAUCGCAAGCAAUUCGGACGCCCUUUGGCUGCUAAUCAGUUGAUACAGAAGAAGCUUGCCGAUGCCACGACGGAGAUUGCCUUGGGCUUGCAGGCGUGUCUGCACGUCGGUCGCCUCAAGGACCAGAAGCUGCACACACCCGAGAUGAUUUCCCUUCUGAAGCGGAACAACACCGGCAAAUCCCUGGAUAUCGCCCGCCAAAUGAGGGAUGUGCUGGGCGGCAAUGGCAUCAGCGACGAGUACCACGUGAUCCGGCAUGUAAUGAACCUGGAGUCAGUCAACACCUAUGAGGGCACGCACGACAUCCACGCCUUGAUAUUGGGACGGGCCAUCACAGGUCUGCCGGCAUUCGCUAACUAACUCCCUCUUAAAUCUUAAAUCCGAGGAACUGCAUUUACAAACUUGUUUUAUGUUCGAGUGUCAGUGUGAAUAAAUGUUAAUGAAAUCCAA